CCAAGAAUGAUAGCUGCAGGGAAAUUUGCAAGUCUUCACAGAAAUGUCCCAGUGAACCAUCAGUUCUCAUUAGCUUCUUCCAUGGACCUUUUGACCAGCAAACCCUCUCUGGCUGAGCAUCGUGCAGAUUCCUUUCAAGAUAUCUCUAUCCAUGGCACUCUCCCCAGGAAGAAGAAGGCAACGGUUCCCAUUAGGUCCUGUGACAUGUUUAGCCACACAGGAACUCUGCCUUACACCAGGACACACCGGCAACAACCGUCUUUUGUACAGGAUGCCAUAGAAGAGCAUCCUUUACAAGAUGGGCAGAGCAACAAACUGCACAUCAGAGAUCAGAAUAUCCUGGAUCCUGUGCUGGAAUAUGUUAAGUUUUCUAAAGAGAGGCAACGUAUGGACAGCCCAGAAAAGCUGAAGAAGGAGUUAGAAGAAGAACUGCAGCUGAGCAGUGAAGACUUGCGCAGCCAUGCCUGGUACCACGGGCGUAUUCCUCGGCAGGUGGCAGAAAGCCUGGUUCAGAGAGAUGGAGACUUUCUGAUCAGGGACUCUCUCUCCAGUCCUGGGAACUUUGUUCUUACCUGUCAGUGGAAAAAUAUCUCUCAACAUUUUAAAAUCGACAGAACAAUUGUAAGACUCAAUGAAGCCUACAGCCGUGUUCAGUAUCAAUUUGAACUUGAAAGAUUCGACAGCAUCCCUGGCUUAGUUAGAUACUAUGUUGGAAAUCGCACACCAAUAUCAAAGCAGAGUGGAGCAAUUAUUUUUCAGCCUAUCAACAGGACUGUUCCUCUCAGAUGUCUAGAAGAAAAAUAUGGUGCAUCUCCAGUCCGACAGAAAGAACCAAGUACCCCUGAAGGAAAAACAGAGACUGCAAAAAGGCUUAGUCUUGGUAUAUCCAGCAUGCAAUCCCCGGAGCAGAGCUUAGCCAGAGGAAAUCUUUUGAGAAACAGAGAAAAAAGCGGAAGCCAGCCAGCUAGUUUGAAUCAUAUCUUGGAGAAGAGGUUCCCCCUAAAGGCUCACCAGUCAGAGAGCUAUCUGCUGAUAGGUUCAAGAUACCCUUCUCAAUUACCUGAAGCAGAUGCAAACUCCUGCCCAAGCUCCCCUGCCUUUCGAACAGGCAGUGAACCUUCUCUGAGCCCCACAGUUGUUCAGAAAGUCACCUCUGAAUCACAUGCAGGGGAAGCUCUUAGAGGAUCAGACAGUCAACUCUGCCCAAAGCCUCCACCUAAACCCAACAAAGCACCCUCGCUGAAGCACCCAGGGUCUCCUGCAGCCUCACGCAGUUCAGAAGGACACUAUUGUGAACUGAGCCCUGCCAGAGACCCUGCAGCGACAAAACCACCUUUAUGUCAGAAAAACAGCUACGUGGAACAUCUGACACUGAAGGAGAGGGGAACACACUCAUUCAGGAACUCUGACACAAGCUACUUAAUCCUGGAAGACGAUUCUGUCAUGAGCUCUGCAGAUCCUUUGGAAACUUCAGCUGAGAUAGCUGAGGAAGACAGCCCAUUUUUUGCACCUGUUCUUGAGACAGUUUCUAGUUUCAAACCAAAUGAUUUUGAAUCCAAACUACUUCCUCCCGAAAACAAGCCAUUGGAAACAUUCAUGUUAAAAAAGGUUAAGGAGAUAUUUACCAACAACAAUCCAAAGAUCAUUGCCAAACAUAUUCUUAGAAUGGACUGCAAGGUAGCCAGGAUACUAGAAGUUUCUGAAGAGAUGAGGAGAGUCAUGGGAGUGAAGUCUGGUCUUGAACUGAUUACACUCCCUUACGGGCAUCAGCUGCGCCUUGACCUAAUUGAAAGGCACAAUACCAUGGCAAUAGGAAUAGCUGUGGAUAUCCUGGGUUGCACAGGAAAUUUAGAUGACAGAGCUGCAACGUUAAACAGGAUCAUCCAAGUAGCAGUGGAGCUGAAGGACUCGCUGGGGGAUUUGUAUGCAUUUUCUGCAAUUAUGAAGGCACUAGAAAUGCCACAGGUCUCUAGGCUAGAACAAACCUGGACAUCUCUAAGACAUCAUUAUACCCAGACUGCCAUUACAUAUGAAAAGCAGCUGAAGCCAUUUAGCAAAGCUUUGCAUGAAGGACAAGAGACCAUCGGUGCUCUGCAGAACAAGGUAACGGUGCCACUGCUGAUGCCGCUCAUUACCUUGAUGGAGCGGCGAGCGGUCGUGUUUGAAGGAAUGGACCUGUGGGAGAGCACUGACCAAAGCUGUGAGAUCCUGCUCGCACACCUGGCCGCGGCGCGGCACGUCGCGCACAACGCCGACACGUACCGGGCGGCUGCGCUCCAGCUGCUGGAAGGUUUCCAGGCAGAUGAAGAGAUGAGCGAGAUCUUCAAGACAGAAUUUCAAAUGAGAUUGCUGUGGGGCAGCAAAGGGGCACAAGUUAAUCAAAAUGAAAGAUACGAAAAGUUCAGCCAGAUCUUAACUGCACUCUCCCGAAAACUGGAACCUCCUCCAGUGAAGCAGGUGGAGCAAAUAAGUAUUUAG